UGCCUGACAAGUGUCUUUUGUCAAUUCACGAAAUCUCUAUUUGAUCAAGUAAUACUGUAAUCUGUAUCUUUUUUAAUUAAGGGAAUUAAUAUUAAAAAUGUUCCGCAAUCAGUACGAUAGUGAUGUAACAGUAUGGAGUCCACAAGGACGACUACAUCAAGUGGAAUAUGCUAUGGAAGCUGUAAAAUUAGGAUCAGCUACUGUAGGUCUUAAGAGUAAAACACACGCUGUUCUUAUUGCACUGAAAAGAGCAUCGUCGGAAUUAUCAGCUCAUCAGAAAAAAAUCAUACCGAUAGACAAACACAUGGGAAUUAGUAUCUCAGGUUUAACUGCUGAUGCAAGAAUAUUGAGCCGUUAUAUGCGAACUGAAUGCCUGAAUUACAAGUAUGCUCAUGAUCAUGCGUUACCUGUAAGUCGUCUGAUUACAUCUCUGGGAAAUAAAAUGCAAACGUGCACGCAAAGAUAUGAUCGGCGCCCGUACGGCGUCGGUUUACUCGUAGCUGGAUAUGAUGACAAAGGACCGCAUAUAUAUCAGACAUGUCCAUCUGCAAAUUACUUUGACUGUAAAGCGAUGGCUAUAGGCGCACGUUCCCAAAGCGCAAGAACAUAUUUAGAAAAACACCUAAAUGAAUUCUUGUCGUGCGACCUUGACGAAUUAGUCAAGCAUGGUCUUAGAGCAUUACGUGACACUUUACCUAACGAAGUUGAUUUAUCAGUAAAGAAUGUAUCAAUUGGGAUAGUAGGAAAGGAUUAUGAUUUCACUAUUCUCAAUGAAACCACGACAGCUAGUUUCUUGUCCCAGAUUGAAGGAGAUGAUAAACGUGGAAGACCUACUGAACCAGCUGUGCAAGAUGACAAACCUCCGCAAGAUCCGCCAACCGACGAAGGUGCUCAGGAUCCUCAAGUCUCCAUCGCCAUGGACACAGAUUAAAUUAAUAUAUAUAAACUUUAAACUUUAUAUGCAUUCAAUUUAUAUAUAAAUCUGCAUUUUCUGAUUAAA